AUGGGUGUUGGAAAUUCAGCCUUCCAUAUUCCUGUAAGUCGUCCAUCUCAACUUCAAAAUUGUACAUUAAUAAAUCAAACCUCAAACUCAAUGCAAGUUGAUUGCAUGGAGGGUUUUGACGGAGGUCUUCCGCAGAGUUUUCUUAUGGAAGUUCUAGAGCUUCCUAGUCUUAGGCCGAGACUCAACCUUACUACCUACAGAACCCCUCCUGUAUUUAGCGCAAAUGGACUAGAUGCUGGAGCUAGCUAUAGAAUUAUCCUAUAUGCGGAAAACGCAAAAGGCAGGAGCGAUCCAACCAUCAUUGACCCAGUCACGUUCAAAGGUGUUGCCAAAUUGCAAGGAUUGCUAGGGAAGAAUGAAGGGCCAUCAUCAGAAUGA